UUCCGGGUGUCGGGAGUCGGUGCAAAGUAGAUGCAAGUUGGUGUGCCUAUUUGAGAGAACGCAUACUGCACAAGGAGAUACUUGGAAGUAAAAGAAGUGUUUCUAAGAUAUGCGGGUGUGUGAAAAUAACUGUUGCUCCUGUAUAAGCGACCCGUGAUACAGGUGUUUAAUACAAGAUGCUAAUUUGAAUUGUGUCAUGAAAAAUGUUGGAAAUCAACGAGAGCAACUCAAUGGAACGAAAUACCAUUUGAAACUUCCAAGGAUAUCUUUACUUUUUUACUGCACUGUGCCGAAUGAUUAUGAUUAUGAUGAGAUAACAAACGCAGAAUGAAAUACAGUGGCAGUAACCUUCUCGGUUAUGCAGUUUACGCGUUUAUUCUAUUUUUUAAUGUUAUUCAUGCAGAAAGUGGUGUUACCUGCAAAGAUCAACAAGGACGAUCCUAUGAAAAUACUUUUAUAUACAUUCCUGGUCCAGAACCUUGUACAUUAUGUGUAUGUGAUAAUGGCAAUCCAAAAUGGUGUAAAGCACUUGUUUGCAAGUAUGCAGAGGAAUAUUGUAAAUCUUCCCGGCAUAUUUGUUGUCAAUAUAUUUGUUUGGAUGAUACAUUAUUAUCUAUACCAAAUGAUAAAACUGAUGGGAUUGGGAGCAAUACCACUGAUGCUACUACAAAUUAUGAUAUAGGACUACGAUCUGUUGCUAGCUUUGUAACAGCUGUAUUGUCAUUGAGUUUGUUAUUUUUUUUAAUACAUCGAUUACGCCAAAGAAAGAUACGAGUUUGUGUGGCAGGAAGGCAGAAUAGACAGUUAGCAGAGGACCAAAGAAAUUUAGGUAGUAUGGGAUAUUUAGACCGAGAUGGAUUAUCACAUGGUGUUCCUAUGGAUGACAUUCCAUGUGGAGCUAGUUACCCAUUAUGGAAACCACCUAACAAUUACUUUCCUCGUGGCGAAGCUCCACCACCUUAUGAAGAGGCAGUAGCAGCAGCACGGGCAGAACAAGCUCUUUUAUCAAUGAAUCCACAAACGCUUCCACAACUAAGUUUUCCAAAUACCUAUUUGCCAAAUACUAAUAGUCGUACAAGUAUAUCAUUAGUAGGGAGUACACAAAGUGGCAUAAAUGGUAAUUCAUCAACAUUAAUUUGCGACAAUGGUAUAACAGAUCAAAGUGGCUUAAUCUCAACACCAAGUAGACCAAUAUCAAAUCCAAAUAUAUAUUCUAGUUAUCAUCAAUCGAAUCAAAAUGAAACAUUAUCUCCAAGUGUUAGUGUAGGAACUUCAACGACGAGUUUUACAAUGGGAACAAGUACUUAUGAAAAUUUACCUACUCCCAUUGGAAUUUCAAAUUUUGUUAAUCAGCGUCCUAAUAUAACUGUGCAACCUUUACCUAACAUGCAAUCUACUAUUCCAAAAAGUUAUCAAACACAUACUACUCUCCCUCGUCAAACUGAAGCAUUUACAAUAUCUGCAACUUUACCAAAUUCUAGUGUAACUACUCAUCGUACAAUUCCUAGAACUUUGACAACUCGUACUGGUGCAAAGUUACAAGAUAUUAUAAAUGAUUGCACUCAAAAGGAAUUUUUACGACCUACGAUAACAACCGAUCUUACAACACCGAAUUUAUCACAUUCCACGCAACAAAAUGCUAUGAUUAAAUUAGAAAAUACAAGAGAAAAUGCAAAUACAUUUUCUGAAGAUAUACAAAUACAGCCUUCUCCUGCAUCUUCUUCAGGAUUGCAACAAAUUGAAAGACAACCAUUGGAUCAUAAAAUAGAUAUAAAAUCUCAUGAUUUUAAGCCACCAUUGAAUAUAGCUAAUGAUAUUAAUGAAGAAGGAAGCUUUGAAUCAGUAGCAUGCACUUGUAGCAUGCAAGCUCUUUCUACUCUUCACGAUGAUACAGAUGAUUAUAGAAGCGAAUGUGAAAACUGUAAAAGCGCAACAGGUUCUCGUUAUUAUUUAGAUAACGAAGAUGAAUUGAUUACUUCUCCUCAUGAAACUAUGACAUUACAUAGAAGACCAGAUGAAACAACUUCAAAUGCUACUCCUCAAUAUUAUAGAACUUCACUCACACUGCCUAUAAGUACCCGUCAACGAACAAGGAGCAUCGGCGUUCGAGAAAAUUGGUUCAACCCUAUGCCACAAAGUUCUACAGAAUCUUCAGAUGAAAAUUGAUUGCAGUUAUAUGUUUCCCAUACAUCAUAUAAUUAUUAAGAUGAUUUAUAAUACACUGUCAAUGAUCAAAAUUCAGUAUUAUGACAAAUGAACAAUGUUCAUAUUUUAUUGCGUUGCAGAACACCAGUUAUUGUUAAACAGUGUUACAUUAUCAAAUUUUAGUAUACAAAUGAAAUUUUUUCUAUCUUGUUCACUGUGUAUAAACUGUUUAUACAUAUUCAUACAUAUUCAAACUAUGUAUGAUCUAUGAAAAAAAUGAAUCACAUUUUUGCUCUCAUAGUUUUUCUUUAUAUGUUAUUAAACUAUGAGAGCAAAAUUUAAAUAUAUUUAUUAUAUAACUUCGAUAUUUAAGUUAAAAAACAACAGCUAAGGAGCAAAAUAACAAUUUAUAUUUCUAAAAUUUUUUUAACUAUGUUCGAUGCAUAUCAUUUGUUAGAAAUUAAUCAAAAUUAUUGUUAAAAAUGCAAUUUUUAUCCUUUAAUCCCUGCGGAGUUGAAUAAUAUAGUAUAUAUAUAUAUAUAUAUAUUUCUAGGUACUGAAUAACGCAAUAAAAUAUAAAGAACAAAUUGGUUCACACUAUAUACAUUAUAUGUAUUUUUUAUUAUUUGAUUAGUAAUCAUUGAUUUGCUUAUUUGAUAAAAUGAUUUUAAUGUUUAUCAUUCAAUAACAUAAACAAAAUAUGACUAAUAGGAUAAAAUAUAAAGGUAAGUUUCUUAAUAACAAUUUGAUAAAUUUUUGAAAUAUUUAUAUGUCAUUAUAUGUACAUAUAUUAUAUUAGUAUUUAUAUUACUAUUAAAUUUAUAAAGUUUGUUAUAACUUUUUUUUAUUUGAAUUUUUUUGUAUAGAAAUUUUUAUUCAACUAUUAUUUGAAUAUAAUAUUUUAAAUGAAUUAUAAAUAUUACUUUUAUAUUAAUUUUCAUUUUAUUCUCAUAUUUUUAACAAAAAUAAUUAAAAAUAUAAUUGUUAUAUAUUAAUAUUCUCUGACAUUUCAAAUUGCUUUGAAUAUGUAAGUGGCGAAAAAUUUAAAUUGCAUUGAACAUAAUUUAAUUCUUAAAAUUUGAGUUUUAAUUUUUAAUGUUUCGAUUAAUUGUAAAAAAUUUUAAGAAUCUUAAUAGUUUUUAAAAUGUUAAAAUUUCAAUGGUUAUUUAAUAUUUUGUAUAUUAUAAAAUACUAAACAAUCAUUAAUAUUUUUAAACUUAUGAAGACUUUCGAAAUUUGAAAAAUUUUUAAAUAUCGAAUCAUAUUCGAGAUGAUUGGAAUUUUCAGUACUAAAAAAUUUCGAAUCAUUUUAAAGUUAAGAUUCGAGCACCUAUCAUAUAUACCUAUCGUAUAUUCAACGUGCAGUGUACAAAUAUAUGUUUUGAAAUUUUUUAAAAAUACAUAUCACUAUUAAGUACAACCGCCACACAUAUACAAUUUAUAUCAAAAUUAUAUAAAUAUAUUCGUUUCAGUUAAUUUUUGAUAUAUUUAUUAUUUCUCAGUUCUUUUAAUACAAAGCAAAUAAAUAUGCAUUAUGUUAAAUAAUUAAAAUGUUUUGGUGAUUUUGUGUAUAUAUAUAUAUGUACACACACACACACACACACAAUGUAAUAUAUAUAUAUAUGCAUGCUUGAAACAGAUCUAUUAGUCUAAAUGAAGCAACCUUAGUAUAUAUAUUUACAUUAUAUGCAUGUUUAUGUUAUACUUCUUUUUAUCUAUGAUGUAAAAAUUUUGUUUUUUUUUUAUUACAGUGCAUGAUAUAAUUAUUCAUGUUGUAAGUCAUGUUAUCAUAAAAUUUUAAAUCAUAAAUUAAGAUUUUGAUUAUAUUUAUUUUUUAUAUAUGUAAAAGUUUUUUCAUAAUCUAUUUAAGAUUUUCAAUGAAAAGUUUGACUAUAACUAUUCAGAAAUUCAAACAGUUUAUUUGCAUAUAAUAUAAUAAAAAUUUUUAUUGACUGAUUUUAAAAUUCUGAUAUAAGAACAAACAUUUUUAAACCUAUACAAUCUUAUUUUAGUAGAAUAAAAAGAAAAAUUUUGCAUGAUAAUAAUAAAAUAUUUGAUAUCUCUAAAUAUAAUGACUAAAAUUGUUAUUUUUGAUUAUAUUGAUAUAAUUUUUUAACAUAUAUAUAUAACAAAAUAUAAAAUGAUACUGAUUUUCUAAAGUGCGCAAUUUUUAGCAAUUCUAAUAUUUGUUUAUGAAUAGAAUUUAAGAAUUAGACUGAUUAUAAUUAGUAAUGUCAAAAUAUCAUAUUUCAAUUUUUAAUCAAAUUAAAAAUAUAUAAAAUCUUAUUCGUAUAAUACAUUUUCAUUUCUAUUCACAAUAUAUUAUUUAUUUUUUUACAUUAGUAUGAAUAUUCUAUAAAGUUUUAGCAUGAUUAAUUAUUGAUAAUGUAUUUUCUAAUAAUCACAAACAUAAUAUGUAUUUUAUUAUUUGAGAAUAAUUUUAAUUAUAUUAUUAUAAUUUAUAUUAUAUUAUAUAUUAUUAUUAUAUAUUAUAUUUAUAAAAUAUUUUGAUUUAUAAAUUAAUUAAUUUAUAAAUUAUUUUACUACAAAAUACUAAAAAUACAAUUUUAAAAAUAUUAUUUUUAAUCAUAAUUAUUUUCAUAAAUUUUAAUCUAAAUUUAGAUAUUACUUAUUUUAUUUAUAUAUAUAUUAGAGUAUAUAUUAUAUUAUACAUAUAAUUAUUAUUUAUACUCCAAAGGGUAUAGAAAUAGGUAUAGAAAUAUAAAAAAUAAUUAACAAUUAUUAUUAGUUAUUUUUCUUUAAUAAUUAAAUAAUUAUUAUUUUAUGUUAAGUGAAUAAACACAGUUCAUUUUGCUGCUUUGCUGCUGUUAAAAAUAUAAUAUAAAGAUAUAUAAAAAUACAACUAAUUGAGAAAAUGGAUAAGUUUAAAAGGAUGAAUGUAAUAAUGAUAAAAAUUUGCUUCAAAAAACAAAAAUUAUUUUAUUAUAUAAAAAAAUUAUAUUUAUGUAUUUCAUGUAACAGCAUACAAUUUUCAUAGUAAAAUUAUAUAAUUUUUAUAAUAUAUAUAAGAAGUGAUAUUACAAAUCGUAAUAUUACUAGUAUUUAAAUAAUUUAAUUCAUAGCAUUUAAAUGAUUUAAAGAUAAAAAUAUUUUCAAAACAGAAUAAAAGUAAUAAAAUAAGAAGAAAUUUUUUUUUAUUAAUAAGAAUUUAGGAAUUUAAUAAACUAAUUAAAAUUAAAAAUUAAGAACUUUUAAUUACUGAUUAAUUUAUAUUGAUUAUGAAUCAUAUAAUAAUUGAAUAAUUAUAAAUAAUAAAGAAAAAUAGAGAAAAAGAGCUAAUUUUAUAAUUUAAUAAAUAAAUAAAAAUAAUUUUAAACAGAAAAUUAAUUCUGUAAAAUAAAAAAUUUAAAAGUAUUGGAUUAUUUAUUGGGGCAAUAUUUUUAUUAUAAUUACAUUCAUUUCAUCGAACUAUGCAAUCAUCUUUCUCGUUGAUUACCCUUUGAUGUGUUCAGUCUAGUGGAGAUAUACAUUACAUUUAAGAUGUUUAUAUAUCUUUAAAAAUCUACGAUUUUUUUGCUACGAAUUUCAUAAUUUGAGUGAAUUAUGUGUAUAAGAUAAAUAUCGAUAAAAUAAAAAUUAUUUCCCUAACAUUUAAUUUAUAAUAUUUAUUAAAAUUUGAAAUAUAGAAUUAAUAAAAAAAAAAGAAUAGAUCUGUUUGAAGUUUUUAAUUUUUUUCACCGUAGCCGUUAUCACGGAUAAGUAUUUAAGAAAAUGAUAAUAAAAGAAAUCAUAGUAUUAGUAUAUGGAAAGUAAUAUUGGUAAUAAUUAAAAAAAAUAAAAAUUUUUUUUAAAUAUAGUCUUCUAUUGCGCCUAUCAUAAUACCAAGAAUUUCAAAUUAUUCAUUCUACUGUGUCUCUAGAAUGUUAUAAAUGAUUCUGCAUCAAGUUAUAUUCUAUAAUAUAUCUUGAUAUAUAUAUAUAUAUACAUACAAUGUGUUAAAAAUUAAAUUUAAUUUAUUCAAAAUCCUUAUAAUUUAAUAAGAAUUAAUUAUGUAUAUUUUUAAUAUUAAAAUUACCACAUUAUAGUUACAAUGAGUCUGAUAAUGAAUUCCUAGAUUUUAUUUGGAAUUUAAAACAUUUUUUUACAUAAAAUAUUCUAUAUUAUUAUUUAAAUGUAAUUAAAAUUUUUGUUAUUAUUUUUUUAUAAAAUUUUGAAACAUAAACGAAUUUUUCUGCGUAUAUAUAAAUACCCAUAGAGAAAAAAGUUAAAAUUACUUAAUAUUUAAUGCGCAAAUUUGAAAAUGUUUUUAUAAUUAUCACAAUUUACAUUAAUUAUUAUUAAAAAUAUUAAUAUAAUAAAUACAAUUUUUUAUUAUAUAUUAUAUAUUAUUUUUUGAAAUUAUGAAAUCAAUAAUAGAGAAAUCAUGAAAAGAAAUAAUGAUAAACAUCGAACUAACAUACUAAGUUAUGAAUUAUCUUUGAUAAUUAUUAGGUAUUGAGAUAAUUGAAUGCAAAAGAAAAACAAAAAAAAAAGAAUAUAAGAUGAUGAAACGUAAUAUUUUAUAAUUUGUUGUAAUUUUAAAUAAAAAUAUAUCCAAACUUUUUUUUGCGAGGAAAACAAUUAUUCAUUUCCUUAUAUGUGUAUAUAUAGAGAAUUCAUGAGUAAUAAUAAAUUUUUUAAUUAAAUUUAAAUAAAACAGACAUGAUAUGAUUUUACAUAGUAUAUAAUGUAGAAAUAAGAUACAGUUGUAAAAUCAGCACUUUACAAAUAAUAUUACAUUUUAAAAAAACAAAAGUAUACAUAUAAAAGCCAUAUUCAGAUAUACGUAUCCACCUGUAAACAAAUUCUGUAAAAAUCAAAAUCUCUCUUCUCGUAAUCAUAAUUCGUGUGUUCAUUAAAUUCGACUAUAUCUUGAAAAAAAUGUGUUCAUUAUAUAAUAAAUCACUUUCUAUAUGCAUACAGUCACUUAAUGAAAAAAGGUACAAGCUGGACUUAAAAUAAAUUUGAGAAAUGUUCAAGAUUCAAGACUCUUGUAGUUCAAACGGUACAAAAAUUUGAAUUAUUUAAUUGUUCAUCUAAUGAUCAAAAUAUUGUAAUAUAUUUAUCUAAAUAGAUUUAGAAUAAUGUCUUUAUUGCUUAUUUGUUAAAUAUUAUAAAAUAAUAUAAGUUGUAUUAAAAUAUUUGUGUCACUAGGCUAUCAUUUAAUUGUAAUAAAUCAGUACUUUACAUAAAUUAUUCGUUAACUACUCUUUGUUAUAUAUACAAGGUGUUAAUAUAUUUAUUAUUAAUUAAUUAUGGGAUACCUUUGAAAGGUCAAUUUUAGAGAUUAUAAAUAUAAAAAUUAGUUUACAAAAAUAUUAGUUCAGAGUUACUUAUUAAAUUAUAAAUAAUUCAAGUUUCUCUUAAAAACGAAGCAGAAUUAGGGCGAAACGGCGAGAUAGAACUCUCACUUUAUAACACCCUGUAUAUACAUAUACAUAUAUAAUUUUACAUUAAUUUAUUUACUUUAUUGAAUUAUUGUAUCAUUGUAUGUAGGUAAUUUAAAAGAUAAAAUUUGUUAAUAAAAAAAAUACUUUAGAUAUUAAUAAAAAAUUUUAAUAUAA